AUGGCUGUUUGUUUUGUCAUGUAUGCAGCUGUAAUCACCAAUCGUGAAUUAUUGAUAUUCACAUUGAAUAAUAAAAUAUCAUACCUAUUCUACCCCAAGUGCAAGUCAGAGACACAGCCAGAGACAGUCGUGAGUUCUGACUUGCAAUACGCCAUGCUUAGCGUCAUAGAGAGCUAUCGCUGUCACAUUCACGAUUCCAGCUUGACUAUCCCAAGCGAUACGCACCUCGAGAGGCUGUCGCAUACGCCUGUCAAUUCAGUAUGUGCCAGCCAGUCACUAUACUCCCAUUCACCUCGGUGUACUGCUCACCCUACACAUUACAACCUGCUACAUCUGUACUCGCCUCGUCACGCCACUUCGGAGCGUCAACCAUCCGUCUUGAACCAAGAACAGAGCGCUAUGAGAUUCCUUCGAGGUGAUCCAGUCACGAGUGGUACGUCGCCCAAAUUAUUGUGGUACAGCGACGUGCUGCUCCUGCCGAUGAGUACGGUCGAUCGAGACAGCUCAGAGUCUCUAACGACGUGCAGCAAAUUCGAGCUCUAA